UUCCUUCACACGCCCAUACCCCCUCACAUUCUCCACACUGUCGUUACGAUUUUCAGUCCCCCCCUCUCUCUCUCUCUCUCUCCAUAUCGUCUUCUCAGUGACCCCCUCCGUCAUUUCAUUCCCCACUACCAAAACCCUAAUCUAACUCACUCCCGUAAACACCCCAAACAUCCCUAAACCCAAACCCUAACCCUAACCCUAACUCCCUCCAAUGGAUUCUCACGGUAACAACCUCUACGACACAGCCUCGCAGCCCGACUCGGCAACCGACGCCUACACCUUCCUCGAAUUCAACACCCAGGGCGGAGUCGGCGACGACGACGACGUCGCCUUCUCCUACCCCGAAUUCCAAGAGCUCUCCCAGCCAAUCCGCUCCGCUGCCUGGCCCACGCCCUCCGAUUCCGUGUCAGUAUCCGAUUCCGCCGCAGCCGAGAGAACGGACCGGGCCUCCUCCUCUGGCCACCAGUCCGACGCCUCCCCGGUCUCCGCCGCGUCCGGAGGCGGCGGCGCUGGGGUGAAGGGGAGGAGUCAUAACCAGGCGGCCGCGGUGGACGCGCUGGCGGCGGGGAUGAGCGGGUUGAAUUUUGAAGAGACUGGUGGGGAUGACGAGGGUUUUGAGUACGGGAAGGGCGGUUACGCGGAGCACGCGUGCAGGUACUGCGGGGUGACGAACCCGGCGUGCGUGGUGAGGUGUAACGUGCCGUCGUGCCGGAAGUGGUUCUGCAAUUCCCGGGGGAACACUUCGGGCUCGCACAUAGUGAACCAUCUGGUUCGAGCCAAGCACAAAGAAGUUUGUCUUCAUAAAGAUAGUCCCCUGGGAGAAACGAUCCUUGAAUGUUACAAUUGUGGAUGCCGAAACGUUUUCCUUCUGGGAUUUAUAUCUGCCAAGACAGAGAGUGUUGUCGUUCUUCUGUGCAGGGAACCUUGUCUUAGUGUCAAUGCAUUGAAGGACAUGAAUUGGGACCUGAGUCAGUGGUGUCCACUCAUUGAUGAUAGGUGUUUUCUGCAGUGGCUUGUUAAGGUCCCAUCUGAACAGGAACAGUUGAGGGCGCGCCAAAUCAGUGCCCAACAAAUAAAUAAGGUUGAAGAACUAUGGAAGACCAAUCCUGAUGCUACCCUGGAAGAUCUUGAGAAGCCUGGUGUGGAUGAUGAACCUCAGCCUGUUGUCUUGAAAUAUGAUGAUGCUUAUCAGUAUCAAAAUGUUUUUGCGCCACUUAUCAAGCUUGAAGCUGAUUACGAUAAGAUGAUGAAAGAAUCUCAAAGCAAAGACAACCUCACAAUACGGUGGGAUAUUGGUCUCAACAAGAAGCGUGUUGCAUAUUUUGUUUUUCCAAAGGAAGAUAAUGAGUUGCGUCUUGUACCUGGUGAUGAGUUGCGGCUACGUUAUUCAGGAGAUGCAGUUCAUCCGGCUUGGCAGUCAGUGGGGCAUGUGAUAAAAUUAACCGCACAAGAGGAGGUUGCCCUUGAGCUGCGGGUCAGUCAGGGAGUUCCUGUUGAUGUGAACCAUGGUUUUAGUGUUGAUUUCGUGUGGAAGAGCACAAGUUUUGAUCGGAUGCAGGGGGCAAUGAAAACUUUUGCAGUGGAUGAAACAAGUGUUAGUGGGUACAUUUAUCACCACUUGUUGGGCCAUGAAGUUGAGGUUCAGAUGGUCCGUAAUACGUUGCCUCGGCGAUUUGGUGCACCCGGCCUACCAGAGCUUAAUGCAUCUCAAGUUUUUGCUGUAAAAAGCGUCCUUCAGAAGCCAAUUAGUUUAAUUCAAGGUCCGCCUGGCACUGGAAAAACUGUGACUUCUGCAGCAAUCGUAUAUCAUAUGGCCAAACAAGGCCAGGGGCAGGUUUUGGUUUGUGCUCCAAGUAACGUGGCUGUUGACCAGCUAGCUGAAAAGAUCAGUGCAACCGGAUUGAAGGUUGUUAGGUUAUCUGCAAAGUCAAGGGAAGCUGUAAGUUCUCCUGUUGAGCAUUUAACCCUUCACUAUCAGGUUCGGCAUCUUGACACAUCUGAGAAGAGUGAGCUUCACAAGUUACAGUUACUGAAAGAUGAACAAGGAGAAUUAUCCAGCAGUGAUGAGAAGAAGUAUAAAUCUCUGAAGCGAGCAACAGAGAGGGAGAUAUCUCAAAGUGCCGAUGUCAUUUGUUGCACUUGUGUUGGUGCUGGCGAUCCUCGAUUGGCUAAUUUUAGAUUUCGUCAGGUCCUUAUUGAUGAAUCUACUCAAGCAACUGAGCCGGAGUGUCUUAUUCCCUUGGUUCUUGGAGUGAAGCAGGUUGUUCUCGUUGGUGACCAUUGCCAGCUUGGUCCAGUCAUAAUGUGCAAAAAAGCGGCUCGUGCUGGACUAGCCCAGUCUCUAUUUGAGCGCCUUGUGCUACUUGGUGUCAAACCAAUUAGAUUGCAGGUUCAAUACCGUAUGCAUCCAGCCCUUUCAGAAUUUCCUUCUAAUAGCUUCUAUGAAGGCACUCUUCAGAAUGGAGUGACCAUCAAUGAAAGACAAACAUCAGGCAUUGAUUUCCCUUGGCCUGUGCCAAACCGUCCAAUGUUCUUUUAUGUUCAGAUGGGACAAGAGGAGAUAAGUGCCAGCGGAACAUCCUAUCUUAACCGUACAGAGGCUGCAAAUGUUGAAAAGCUUGUGACUACGUUUUUAAGGAGCGGUGUAGUUCCUAGUCAGAUUGGGGUUAUUACACCUUAUGAAGGACAACGAGCAUAUAUUGUAAACUAUAUGUCCAGAAAUGGUGCUCUCAGACAGCAACUUUACAAGGAAAUUGAGGUUGCCAGUGUAGAUUCAUUCCAAGGAAGGGAGAAAGAUUACAUUAUUUUGUCCUGUGUAAGAAGCAAUGAACAUCAGGGUAUUGGAUUCCUUAAUGAUCCUCGAAGGCUCAAUGUUGCACUCACUCGAGCCCGUUAUGGUAUUGUCAUAUUGGGGAACCCUAAAGUUCUAAGCAAACAGCCACUGUGGAAUGGUUUAUUGACGCACUACAAGGAACACGAGUGCUUGGUGGAAGGGCCUCUAAAUAACUUGAAGCAGAGUAUGGUUCAGUUUCAAAAGCCCAAAAAGAUCUACAAUGACCGCAGAUUUUUCUUUGGUGGUGGACCUGGAAUCGUUCCUGAUGCUUUUGGGUCGGUUGCCUCAUCAAGUCCUAAUUCAGAUAGGAGAAACAGCCAUUCUAGGGGUUCUUAUAUGCCGCCUGGCCCACCCAAUGGUACCCACAAACCUGGGUUACAUCCUGCUGGUUAUUCAAUGCCUCGGGUGCCUGUUCCAACAUAUCACGGUGUCCCCCCUUCACAACCGUAUGCUAUUCCAACUCGUGGGGCUGUUCAUGGACCUGUUGGAGGUCCGCAUGCCCCUCAACCCGGACAACGGGGUUUUGGUGCAGGCCGUGGCAAUGCCGGUGCUCCUAUUGGAAGUCAUCUUCCACACCAACAAGGCUCCCAGCAACCUAUAGGAAGCCUUGGGUCCUCUUUCAACUUUCCUCUGGAGAAUUCAAAUAGCCAGCCAUCUGUUGGCACACCGUUGUCUCAGCCUGGAUUUGUUUCCAAUAUGUCACUUCAUGGACAAGGCCAAACAUUUCGUGACAGUUUCUCUAUGGGGGGCAUGUCUCAGGACUUCUUGAGUGAUGAUUUCAAAAGCCAGGGUUCACAUGUUCCAUACAAUGUUGCAGACUUCUCCACACAGGCUUCUCAGAAUGGAUAUGCUGUUGAUUAUGUAAAUACACAGGGAGCGCAAGCUGGUUUCCCAGGAAGCUUUUUGAACCAGAAUUCUCAGGCUGGGUAUUCCCGCUUUGGUACCGGAAAUGAUUUCAUGUCUCAGGAUUACAUGGCUCAUGGGUCUCAAGGUCUUUUUACACAGGUUGGAUUCGGUGAUCCAUCCCAAGAUGAUGCUUCCCAGCGCCACUUUGGCCUGCCCAAUGCCAACCAAUUGCAGUCGCAGGGUUUGAUGAAUCCUCUCUACUCCCAACCCUUCGCCCACUACAAUACACAGCCAAUGAACUUGCAAGCUACACAGCAGCAGUCACAGCAGGGCCAGAGCUCCCAAAAUCAGAAACUUCAUUACAACGGUUGAAGGAUAAUAGUGGGCUUUUAAUCUACUAUGGGUUAUAGUCUCUGCAUCCAGCAACUUGAUUUGUGCCGUCAUGCGUGCCCAUUAUUCCGCCUUAGAUACUGAAGAGAGUAUCUAUGAUUCUGAAUGAUUGGAAUCUGAGUUUCAUGGUGGUGGGAAGGAUUUGGGUAUGGGAGCAGACACAGAUGGCACAUUUCAGGCUCUUGGAAAGAAAGGAUAGCCCCUGAUCUUUUCCAGGUUAUAUAUUUACUACGGAUAUGGUAAAUAAUAUGUGGGAGAGAGAGUUACAUGGAACGGAUUUUGUGGGAAGUGUUGUGUUGUGAAGAAGCCGAUUCGGUUGCUUUUACGUAAAUGGGUUUUUAAAUGGGGGAAAGCCCAUUACUUACACACAGGAGCUACGAGUAUAACUUUUGUACAGCAAGCCGGGGUAAUUCACUCACCCUUUCAGCUCUUCCUUACAUGUAAUUAUACUCUUUGAUGGCAUAUCAAUAGGUGUUCUUGGGUUGCGUGCAUUGCAACUUCAGUGUCAGUCUUAACACUUGCGUAGUAGUUUGUAUACAGGUGAUACCGGUUUAACUGAAUCUGGGUUGACUUGAAAUCAAUUAUUUGGAUCUGAGUUUUCUA